AUGCCCGCUGAGCAUCCCACCGAGUCCUCCCGCCCUAAGCCUCGCUCUGCCGUACCUUCUCACAUGCUCAACGGUGGUUCACCACUUCAUAACCCGCCUGCAAAGACCCGGGCGCAAGAGCGAGAGAGCCUGGCCACAUCGAUCCAUUCUACAUAUCGCCGUCGUAGCGUCUUCGAGUUCGACCGCCCCGACUUCCUCCCCGCCAUGCCGAGCAGUGCCUCCGCGCCCUACAACCAUGAAGAUCCGCUAGACGGCUACGUUGAUCAAGCCAUACCGAACUCGACCUCCCCACCUAAAGAUCUCAAAAAUGCCGUAUCCCUCAAAGAGCCGCCUCGUGACGUCCGCGACGAGGCACCACCUACCCCACCGUCGACCGCGACUCGCCCUGCCUCUCCGUAUACUCUCAACCCGCCCAUUGAUUUUGACGGCCUCUCAUGGCCCUCAAUUGGCACUCGCGCCCGCCUCGAGCAGACGCCAGAGGAGGCGCAGGCAAGGCUGAACAAGCUGUCCGGUGCGGUGCGCACCAUCUUCGAAUGCCUGGGCGAGGACCCGGACCGCGAGGGGCUGCGGGAGUCGCCGCUGCGUUAUGCGCAGGCGCUGAUGUACUUCACGAAAGGCUACGAGGAGAAUGUGCGCGACCUCGUGAACGGCGCCGUCUUCCACGAAGAUCACGACGAGCUCGUCAUCGUCAAGGACAUUGACGUGUUUAGUCUGUGCGAGCACCACAUGGUGCCGUUUGUGGGCAAGAUGCAUAUCGGGUACAUUCCAAACAGGAGGGUCCUCGGCUUGAGCAAGCUAGCGAGGUUGGCUGAGAUGUUCAGCAGGCGGCUGCAGGUGCAGGAGCGCCUGACCAAGCAGGUGGCGUUGGCCAUCGCGGAGGUCUUGAAGCCGCAAGGCGUGGCUGUGGUGAUGGAGAGCAGUCAUUUGUGUAUGGUCAUGAGGGGCGUGCAAAAGGUGGGAAGCAGCACCACGACAAGCUGCAUGCUGGGCGCGAUGAGGAGUAGUGCAAAGACGAGGGAGGAGUUCCUCAGCUUACUGAACAGAGGGAAGUAA